AUGACGAAGGGUACACAAUCAUUUGGUAAACGUCAUACCAAGACCCAUACAUUAUGUCGUCGAUGUGGUCGUUCAUCAUACCAUUUACAAAAACAACGUUGCGCAGCUUGUGGCUUUCCAUCUGCUAAAACACGCAAAUUUCAAUGGAGUGAAAAAGCUAAGAGACGAAAAACAACUGGCACUGGUCGUAUGAAACAUUUGAAGGUAGUCUUUCGUCGAUUCCGUAAUGGUUUCCGUGAAGGAACUUUAGCCAAAUCACGUAAAUCACAUCGACAAGCAGGUGGUAACACAACAACCACAUCUGCACCAGCUACAACAAGCAAAUAA